UGAUAGAAAAAUUGUUGCUGCUCAUUUACGCGCCAUGUGUUUUCUCUCUGUUUCUCUACGUUGCAGGUUCAGAAGAUGCUUCUUUAGAAAAAGCACUUCAAUAUUAAUCGAUCAAGCAUCCGCAAUUCUCACCCAGAGAAAACACAAAGAGCUUAGACUCACAAUAUGAAGUCGAUUCGCGCUUCACGUUUGGUUGAUUCACAGCCUUUGCUUCCUAGACUCAUCAAAAUGGCUGCUGCGUCCAAAAAUGGGAGACUGUUGUCAACUAGUUCAAACAAGGGAGAUGAGACACUAGGUGACAAAUCUCCUUCAAUGGAGAAGAUACUUGUUUUUGGUGGAAACGGCUUUGUUGGUUCGCAUAUCUGUAGAGAAGCGCUAGAGCGUGGUUUGACCGUGCAUAGCCUUAGCAGGUCUGGUAGGCCAUCUUAUCAGGAUUCUUGGACCAACAGCAUUGUCUGGCAUCAAGGAGAUCUGCUUUCACCUGACUCAUUGAAGAGUGCAUUGACUGGAGUGACCUCUGUGAUCUCAUGUGUUGGAGGUUUUGGAUCAAACUCGCAUAUGUAUAAAAUUAAUGGGACUGCAAACAUAAAUGCUGUAAUAGCUGCGACAGAGCUAGGUGUAAAAAAAUUUGUGUAUAUCUCUGCUGCUGACUUCGGUUUGGUAAAUUAUUUGCUACGAGGAUAUUAUGAGGGCAAGAGAGCCACUGAGGCGGAGUUAAUGAAGAAGCUGCCACAUGGAGGUGUAAUUUUGAGGCCUGGCUUUAUACAUGGGACUCGUCGGGUGGGGCAGAUGAAACUGCCUCUAAGCAUCAUUGGGGCUCCUUUGGAGAUGAUUCUGAAGCAUGCCAAACUGCUGUCUAAAAUUCCGCUAAUUGGUCCACUGUUUAUACCUCCAGUCCAUGUAACAUCCGUGGCUAAGGUAGCUGUAACCGCUGCAACAGAUCCACCCUUCCCUCCUGGCAUCAUCGACAUAUAUGGUAUACUACAACUUGCCCACCAAAAAUCAGCUUAGACUUUUUAGGGGAUCUGUUCUCUGUUAUCUUUUAUUACUACUGUUUUGAUUAUGCAUAUCAAAAACUGUCAAUCUGAUAGUGGGAAAAAUAAGAUUGUUCUGACAUAGAGCCAUUGCUGAUAUAAGAGGUACCGUGUCUCUUGUAAUUGAAUAUUGAUUUUUGUAUGUUUACAUUAUAUCAAGCCAAUAAAAAUGUGUGUUCUCUUUGUUAA